UAUAUCAUGUCUGUUGACCGACGAAAACUCAAUGAAGUGUUAUUAUCAGCUGCUGAGGAAUACCCAAAUGUUAAAAUGCACUUCAGUCAGAAACUGAUUUCCUGUGAUAUAAAGACCGGGAAUCUGGAAUUAAAAAGUAAAGAUGGGGAGACAAUGAAAUUAUGUGUUGACCUGAUCAUUGGGAAUGAUGGCGCAUUUUCAGCUGUCCGACAACAAAUGAUGAAGGAUACUCUCCUCAACUAUGAGCAGACUUACAUACCGCAUGGAUACAUGGAGCUUUGUAUCCCUCCCAACUCUUCCGGGCAGUUUAAUAUGGGAAUGAACUAUCUCCACAUUUGGCCGAGGAAUGAGUUUAUGAUGAUUGCCCUGCCAAACCAAGACAAGAGCUUUACAGCAACACUCUUCAUGCCUUUUGAUAUCUUCAACGGCAUCAGUUCUGGAGAGGAAGCUAUGGGUUUCUUUCGGGAGAAGUUUCCAGAUUCCAUUCCUCUGAUUGGAGAAGAAGCCAUUAAAGAGACCUUCAGGAAAAAUAAGGCGUUGCCCAUGGUUUCUAUCAAAUGUUCACCAUACCAUGUUGGGGGUAAGACAGUCAUCAUGGGUGAUGCCGCCCAUGCCAUGGUUCCCUUUUAUGGACAGGGUAUGAAUGCGGGAUUUGAAGACUGUAUUGUGUUCAAUGACAAACUUAAUGAGUAUAAUGAUGAUUUUGAUGCUGCCUUGAAAGCCUAUACCGAGUACAGAAAACCUGAUGCACAGGCUAUCAAUGAUUUGGCCAUGUACAACUAUGUUGAGAUGAGGAAGUCUGUGAACUCUAAGAUGUUUUUGCUGAGGAAGAAGCUGGAUAACUUUCUUUACAGACUUUUCCCCAACACCUGGAUCCCUCUAUAUACUAUGGUGUCUUUUUCAAGAACGCGGUACCAUCAGUGUAUUAUGCGACGGGAAUGGCAGGACAAGGCUAGUAUCAAAUUAGUAGAUUAUACAUGUAACAACCUCGAAAUCUAUUCAGGUAUGCUGACAACAUCUCUCAACAUUGGUUGUGUAGUAUUGGGAUUGUCCAUCAUAGUGUUUGGCCAACGUAUGCUCACCAAAGAACGAUCAUUUCUGAUGACGUUGAUGGAGGACGUAACUGGAAAUGUUAAGUCAGCAUUGGGUCCAUGGAUACAACACUAA